CGAAGACACGAAUUGUUGUACAACUUUUACUUGAUAAAAAACUAAAUCUAACAUUUACGUCGAGAAGCGCUAGCAACUGUUUUCAAGAACUCAUUAAUUUAGAAGCUUUUCACUUACGAGUUAGACCAGCAUCGGUCACCAUUAUGUUCCCUGUGAUUCUAAUCGUCGCAAUUGUUAUUCAUUCUACAUAUGCAUGCUCGUCGAUCACACAAAUCAACGUAACACAUGACUCAAUACCAUUAAGCACACGAUUCUAUUGGAUGAGAGUAGCCAAUAGAGCGCUUGCAGAGCAUGGUUCGCCGUGUCCUUUCGCUGCUUUUGCCACAGUUAUAGUUAAUCAUACAGCGAACGCACGAGGAGACGAAGUUUGCGUCGGUGUGAAUCAAAUGUCUACAACUGGGAAUCCGAGUGCCCACGGUGAAAUGGUAGCUAUCAACAACUGUACCGACAUUUUAACAGCGAAGGAUGGACGCUAUCGAUUAAGUCCGGAAGAGGCGCUGAACGCAUUUUCUCAAUUGAGUUUGUACACUAAUGCCGAAAGUUGUCCAAUGUGUGCCUCAGCAGUUCGAUGGGCUGGAUUUAAGGAAUACAUUUUUGGGACGUCAAUCGGAACACUAACCAAGGCGGGAUGGGACCAAAUACAAAUCACUUCGCAUAAAAUAUUUUCGGAAUCUGAUCAUAUGCAGCCCAGAACCUUUUAUUUGCCGGAUGUUUUGACCAACGAAACAAAUCCGUAUUUUAUGUGGCAAUAUAAUCCUACAUAUCCAUGCCCGUCGGGAUGCCGGAGAACUCAAUCGAAUGGUGACUGUGAACCAUAUUAAAAUCGAUUGUUCUCAUGUGUACCAGAGUUCAAACUCUGAACACCUCUCAGGUUUUUAAUAUGUAUUUUCCAAUUUUAAUGACCAAAAUCCAAUUAAGAUUUAAUAAA